CCUACUAACGCCUCAAGCCCUCAACCUCCUUGGCCCCCGCGCCAACGGCUACGCCACGAUCACCGACACCACGCUAACGGAACACUGGCCACCCUGCAUCGGCAGCGCCACCGUGUUUGCUGAUCGGCGAGUUGGACGUUGGUCUCUCGCCGCUUCAGUACAACUGUUAGUUCCUGCCUUCUCCCCACUUUGUUGAGUCUCGGUUUACUAAAUAAGAAGUUAGAACUGGUUGAUAGUGAUGUUCUGGUGGAUGAGAUUUGCAUAAUUGCUGCUUAGUGUCCUGAGUUUGUUUCUCGAUAAAGGACACUUGUGAAUGCCGUGGAUGUAACCUUUGACUAUUUAAUUGCCAGCUUUGUUUAUCGUGGUUUCAGAAACUCGAAGUCCUAGGACUGAAUUCCUCAUUUUGACGUGCUAAUUCGCAUUUGAUGUAUUUAUGGCAUGUGCCAACCUUUUCCAAGUAGCUAAAUUUAGAUAUAUUAAGUCAAAGCACAUGUGAUAGAUGGGUCUGUGAAACUUAAUUAUUAACCAACUUUGAGUUGCUUCGGCCAAAAAAAAAAAAAAAACUGAGUUGCAGUUAGAUGGAAAAUGUAUAGAUUAUGUUAUACAAGAUAAGCCAAUAUGUAGAACCGCUACAAAUGGGCAUUUGAACCGAUUCUGAUUGUAGCUUAAAAAGAAAAUACGUAUUUUGAAGCUAUCAAACUUCAGUUAUAGUGGGACGGGGUCCCCUUCCCUUUUCCUCCUCUUUUCCUGAGAUCUUGUAAGAGGAAAGACACAAAGUGUGUGACUUGCAAAAUAGUUCCCAUUUGUAUCAAGUCCAGAAAAACCAAAAUUUUGAGUUUGUUGAAUUCAUUUUGAUAGUACGAAGGUUUAGUGCAGUAAAUAAACAUUUCAUAGUUUAAUCAAGGAGUUUGAAAUGAGUUAUCCUUCCUUUAAAUCCCAUAGUCUUACGUAGUUGAAGACCAAAAAACAAAAAAAGGAAAAAAGAAAGAAAGGCUUGACAUGUGGAUUUUAGCCAUGAAGCCCACCAGCCUGUGACAAGCCAGUGCGGACUAGUCUGCUUUGAUAGCUCUAAAUUCUAAUACGAAGCAUGCAUUACAUGUUUUUCCAUUUGAAAGUUGGAAUUGAUGGUCAGCUGGGUUCACUGCAUCUGCCCAUGAUUGGUAAUUCUGAAUUGUAAACUGACAAUGGAGUUCCUCAUUGUACUUAUGACAAAGGAAAAGGCUCCUCUUUGUACACUGCAACUGAAUACUCAAACCAAAUAAGCAUUCAGUUGAAGAAUAAUAAAACACUAGUGGCUAUGGCAAGGUUUGUGCGUCCUAAGAAUGAUGUUGAAUUGAGUCCAAACCUCUAUGUUGCAAACUGUGGCCCAGCUGUGGGACUUUCUCAUGAUGCUAUUGCAUCUGUGUUCUGUGAAUUUGGGGAUAUAAAGGGAGUUUAUGCAGCAGAUGAGAGUGGCAGCCGUGUAAUUGUAUCUUUUUCUGAAGAGAGUUCUGCCCAAGCUGCCCUGAAGGCAUUAGAUGGAGUUCCAUGUUCCAAACUUGGAGGCCGAUCUUUGCAUAUUCGUUACUCAAUGCUUCAGCCAAUUUCACAGAGUCAGGUAAGUAACUUGGUUCCUGUGUCUAUCACAGUCUCAGAUCUUAGCAUUCCAGGCCUUUACCUUGUGAACGACUUCAUUAGCACUAAAGAAGAGAAGGCAUUGCUCCAAGAAGUUGACUGCAGGACCUGGAAUAAUCUUUCGAAAAGAAGGGUUCAACACUAUGGUUAUGAGUUUUGUUAUGAUACAAGGAAUGUUAAUACAAAGCACCGCUUGGGUGAACUUCCAUCAUUUGUUUUUCCAAUACUUGAAAGAAUCUCAUUAUUCCCAACUCUCAGGAAUGCUGCAAAUGUAGUUUUGGACCAACUUACGGUAAAUGAGUACCCUUCUGGUGUUGGCCUGUCCCCUCAUAUAGACACUCAUUCUGCAUUUGAAGAUUUGAUUUUCAGCCUUUCAUUAGCUGGGCCUUGUAUAAUGGAAUUCAGGAGAUAUGCAAAUAGUGAUUGGCUUCCUAGAGUUGCUUCAGGCACUGUCACUAAAGUGGAAAGUCCAGAGGAUGAUUCAAAUUUUAUUCGGAAGGCUAUCUAUCUUCCCCCACGAUCCAUGCUGCUGAUGUCUGGCGAAGCACGAUAUGCAUGGCACCAUUACAUUCCUCACCACAAGAUUGACAAGGUGAAUGAGAGAGUUAUCAGAAGGGCUUCAAGAAGGGUGUCUUUUACUUUUCGAAAGGUCAGAACAGGUGCUUGCAAUUGUGAAUUUCCUCAGUGUUGUGACCCUCAAAGAUAGAAGGUUGGCUUUCACCAUGUUUGAUGAGGAAUUGGCAGAGUCGACAUCUUUUUUGUGGGGCCAGAAGGCGAUCAUCCUCCUGAUGGCUUUUAUCUGUCAAGCGUAUCAGAUAGACCACAAAGCUGAGAAGAUUGAAGAUUUUGAUGCCUUUCUUUCUUACUUUUUAUUUUAUUUUAUUUUUUGAUGAUUUAAUUGGACUUUAUUUAUUUACUAGAGCUAAACUUAGUCUAGCAGUCCAAUUAUUUUUCUAUUGUAGCCUCCUCACCUUGGCACAGCUUCUUUUAGGUUCUUUCAGCUGAGUGAACAAUUAUUGACCAGUAACAAUUGUUCUUUAGCACAUAGAUCCCAUCAUUUUUUUUUUUUU